UACCUCGUAGUCGUACACCGGACCGCGGUUGACCCAGGAUUUAGAAGUAGUCGGCAAACAUCGCUUUAUUGCUUAAGUAAUAUUUGCCGAAACUCCUCGCUACUCACCAGGAUCCGAAAUAUGGCUGAUUCAAUUCAUCGUCUUGAAGGACUUUCUAAUCAGGUUGGUGGGUUGGUCGUCAAGAAGAAAUUAAACUCUGAUCCGGAUUUCAAAGCCCCACCAUCAAGAUCUUCUGUUUUAGGCUUAGAUGUCCUUGCUGCCCAGAAGCGCAAACUGAAAGAUGUAUCAGAAAGAGAAGUAGAGGAAGAAAAAAGUAGGAGGUCAAAGGUCACAUCUUACCGAGAUGAGUGGGAGAACGAUUCUGAUUCAGAAAGUGAUGACAGUAAUGAUUCAGAUGAAGAGGAUACGAAAUCAAGGAAGAAGAGGAAACAUACUAUUCUGAAAAGACAUUACCGAGCUCCUCACUUAGAGACACCAUCACACACUGGAGGAGUGAGUUCAGAGGCAAUGGAGAGACAACAACGUAGAGAAAAGGAGAGUAGGAAAGGAGUUGUUUAUGCUUCAUCCAACAAUGAUGAUAGAAAAGGCAGGGGAUCAAGAGAAUGGUAUGAAAGAGAUAAGUACAGGGAUAGAGACAGGGGAGGUGGAAGGCAUAGAGAGAAAUAUAAAGAAUUGGAUAGAAACAGAGAUAGAAAUAGACGAGACAGACCUCAUGAUCGCCGUGCAGACCGCAGAGAUUCUGAGAGAGGGAGUCGCAGUGAUAGAAGUGACAGGAGUGUUAGAAGCAAUUGGGAGCGUACUCCUCGGGCUGAUGAUGAUCUUUUGACUCCAAGAAUUUCAAGAGGUAUUGAGACACCAUCUCGUACAAGUUGGGAGGAAGAGGAUGAUGUGCCAAAGAAAGCACCAUCACAAUGGGACCAACCAACACCCAAGAUGUCAAGUCAACACAAUGAUCUUAGUGAGAGACGAGAUAGAAGUGAACGUGGUGACAGAAAAGAUAGAUCUAGUAGGAAAGAUGGAGACAGGUCACGUCAUAGAAGAAAGGAAGAUGAAACCCCCAUGUUGACCCCAGCUCAUCGCUACAACUCAUGGGCUAGCAAUCGCAAGAAGAGUGGUGCCACACCACAAGUCAAAGGUGGAGACACGGUCACAAGAUUCAAGUCAGAAGAAGAACAGGAAUUAUGGGAAGAAGAGCAGAAGAAAAUUGAUCGGCAGUGGUAUGGAUCUGAUGAGGGUUAUGAUGAAUCUAACAAUCCAUUUGCUGCUGUCCCUGUGGAGUAUGCAGAAAAGAAAGAACGUGAUCUAGCUACCCAGAAAGCAAAGAGAAUAUCAGCUCAACAAAGACAGAUUAACAAGGACAAUGAUAAAUGGGAGACUAAUCGUUUAUUGACCAGUGGAGUUGUCCAACAGAUUGAGUAUGAGGAUGUGGUUGAUGAGGAGACUGUGAACAGGGUUCAUCUUUUAGUUCACAACAUAGUACCUCCCUUCCUAGAUGGUAGGAUAGUAUUCACCAAGCAACCAGAACCUGUUAUACCUGUCAAGGAUAAUACAUCUGACAUGGCACAGAUUGCUCGGAAAGGCAGCAACGUAGUGAAGAAACAUAGAGAACAGAAGGAGAGAAAGAAAGCACAGCAUAAACACUGGGAGUUAGCUGGUACUAAACUUGGAGAUAUCAUGGGGGUCAAAAAGGAAGAUGAAAAGGGAACUGAAGAAGAGAAUAUUAACUACAAGUCCCAGCAGCAGUUUGCUGAUCACAUGAAAGAGAAAACUGAAGCAUCAAGUGCCUUUGCUAAGCAGAAGUCAAUACGGGAGCAGCGUGAAUACCUACCUGUGUUUGCUGUUCGUCAAGUGUUGCUUAAUGUGAUUAGAGAUAAUAGUGUGGUGAUUAUCGUUGGAGAGACAGGUUCUGGUAAAACAACUCAACUCACUCAGGUAGGUUACAUAACAGACCCUGGUGGAGUAUUGAUCCAUUAGUUGAAAAAAAAAUGCCAAAUAAGGAAGUGAGGAGUGAAGAAAAUUUUUGAUAGUUGACUUUAUUUUAUACAUUUCACAUAAUUAUGAACAUAAUACAAAAAAAAUAUAAUAGAUGAAGAACUAACAUGGUUUACAAAUCAGAAGUGGCAUCAUUCACUAAAUUAAAUAAUACAGCAAUUUGAAAUCAAAGACAAUUUAAAAUAUGGUGAAAUGUGAGGGAACCUGCAUAAAAAAGCAACGCUUGUUCAGUCUGCAGGAUCCCCCCCAAAAAAUAAAUAAUAUCUUUUCCCAUAUUUUUGCCCCUAUGGGCAAUUUUUUGUCUCACCCACCAGAGGUGAAGGCAAGACUUGGGGAUCCAAAUGUUGUCCAUCUGUCCAUCACAAACAUGACACAUAACCAUUGGUCACUUUUCAACCAAACUAUGAUGAUAGAUGUUCUUAGGGGACCUGAAGAAAGAAGCCAGUGGCUUUCCAUAUAAGGUUGUAACUCCAGAAACAAAUUGACCCCUCGCCAUCUCUGUGUGUGGGUGUGUUUGUGUGUGUGAGAUAGAGAGAGAAAGAUAGCGGUAGGAGCAAGAAUCCAUUCAUGUAUCAAGACAAUGCAAUCUCUUUUAGCCCUGGCCUCUCCCCCACUCAAUGAAAUUUUACAGUAAGUAAAAAUCACCACAUGCCUGUCUGUCUCAAAGAAUACUUCAUGAAUGAGUUGUUUAUAGAGACACAAAUUGGUCAUUGAGUUCUUUCCGUCUUCCUCGUUCAGUCAUUUUAAUUUCUGAAAUAUUUGUCUGAACAAAAUCAUUGUGAAUUAGAUAGUAAUCCGAAAUGCAAAUUACUGAUAUUCAUAGACAUGAUCUUCAGUGACUUUCAGAGAGAGAUGAACGGUUGCGUAUAAAUGCCCUUUUCCAUUUCUGACACAUAAACGUUUAUCCACUCUAUAAAUGUCUCCCCCCCCCACAGCUCAUCAAUGGAAUGAAUAAAUGGCACUAGCCCAUUUCUUUUUCAAUCUGUUAUCAAUCGAUAUUCAACGGGGUGCGCCCAGUGUGCUACUUCUUGUGUUUUGUCUCUAAAGAAAACUCCUUCACACCUCUUAUAACUUUCAACCUCUCAAAGGACAAAUUCACGCUAUUAGAAUGGUGGCUGGGGGGUGGGGGUGGCUUAUAGUGGUCCUAUAGGCAUGUAGGUAACACAACUUAUUUAGUUUUGAAUAAUUCUUUAUUAUAUACAGGACUAUGAUGCUCAUAGGACUAUAUAGUUUUUGGAUGAGACAUUAACACCAACUAUUUACGAGAUAUGAAAUUUCUUGUGUAAUAAGCAAUGAUAGGCAAGUGGUAUGGUAUAUACAUAAAUUGUAAAGUAUGACUUGGAGAGCAGAAAUUAAUAAUAGAACAAAAUACAUUAGAGCUGUAAACAUCCCUAUGAAGAGAUAAAGAUGAUAAAAUGGAAACAGUAGUGGCAAGGGGGUAUUUACCCCCCCCCAAAAAAAAAAAUAAUAUGGAAAAACAAUGUUUUGUAAAUGCUGUCAUGUCAUAAGCAUCCUUUAUACCAAAGCUGUGAUACGAUUUAAACAAAAAGGCCCGUAUUCUGAAGUCCGGUUUAACUUUAACUCGGGUUUA